AUGUCCAGAAUUAUGGAUGACAAUAAAUUAGAACAACCAUUUUUUAUUCAUCAUUUUUAUACUGGGCCGGUAACAAGUUUAUGUUUUCAUAAUAAUGAAAUAUUAUUAUCAGGCCAAGGUCCAUAUUUAAAAGUAUUUUAUGUUCCAACCGGUGAAUUAUUAAUUAAUUUUGAAGUUUUAAAAUAUUUUAGAAUUCAUAAAAUUAAACCAGUAAAACAUACAAAAAAAAUUAUUGGGCUCAUUCAAAGAUCAAUAACUCAAGAACAAAGAUUAUUUGCAAUUUGUGGAUCAAAAACAAUUCAAAUUAUUGAAGUUAAUUUUUUUUAUAAUUCGGAUAACCCACCAGAAUGUAAAAUAUCACUUAUAUCCAAAUUGUCACCAUUAAAAGAUUGGAUUCAUGAUAUUCAAUGGUUAUAUGAUGAAAAUGAUGAAAAUGAUGAAAAUAAUUUUAAAAAUCCAACAGAAUUAGCAAUGGCCUUUGCUCAUAAUUUUGUAGAAAUAUUUGAUUAUCAAACCAAAAUUUGUUUGUAUUCUGUUAAAUGCGAGGAAACUUCAAUUAUAUAUUCUGCAAGAUUUUUUGGUGAUACUAAAAAUGAUUUGAUUUUGGCUUCUGGUACUGUCUUCAAUCAAAUUCUUUUAUGGAAAAUGAUGGGUGAUAAAAACAAAAAUGGAGAUUCUUCCAUAUUCAAAAGACUUAUUGGCCAUGAAGUAAGUAAGAUAUUGAAGAAACUAAAAAGAAUAUCCUAUAAUAAAAUGAAUGAUAGAACUAUUCGUAUAUGGAAAACCGCAAAGGAUGAUAAUAAUCCUCCAUUGGUUCUUUAUGGUCAUAUGGCACGUGUAUGGGAUUGUUAUAUAUUGGAUGACUAUUUAAUAAGUAUUUCUGAGGAUUCAACUUGUAGAGUUUGGAAAAAUACACUCUACACAAUUGAUAAUAAUGAUGGUGAUUAUGAAGACGAAAUCAACAACAAUGACAACAAUAAUAAUCAGGAUGUAAAUGAUGUUGAUUGCCUUGCAUGUUGGGAAGGUCAUGUUGGUAAAAAUAUUUGGAGCUUGGCAAUCAACCCAUCAAAUAAAAUUGUUGCAACAGGCGGUGGAGAUUCUGGUAUUAGAUUCUGGUCUUUGAUGUCAAUUACUAAUAAUAAAAUUGAUUCUGAGCAAGACUUGAUAAGAAUUUCUUUACCAAAUGUACAAACUUAUUCCACUUGUGAUGAAAAUGUAGAUCGAAAUCAUCAUCAAUCAAGAGAAUUCUUUCGUAAUUUUGUUUUAGUGAACUAUUAUACAAUUGUUAUAUCAACUAACCAUGGACAUUUAUUGAGGCAUGAUCAUGAGUUAAAUGAGUGGACAUCAUUGUUUCAUUCUGAAGACUUGCAAAAUUAUACCAUGAUGAAAGCCUCAAAUUGUGGCAGAGUUUUUUGUUGUGGCAGUAUUGAUGGCCAAGUAUUUGUAAUUAGUGUUAAUAAAGAAUUUAAGACAAUUAAAAGAAAAUUACACGAGUAUAAAGUUUUUGAAAUAUUUCUAGAAGAUACUAAUGAUUCCAAUGUCUUUUAUAUAAUUUCACAUGCUGUUCAUAAUGAUAUUAUCUUAUUAAAAUUGGAUUUAAAUCAAUCUAACAAUGAUCAAGAACCAAUAUUUAAAAUAAUGUAUAGACUAUCUGUUCCACCAAGAUUUCAACUUAAAUCACUAUCACUAUAUUAUCAUUACAAUUUAUUAAUAUGUGGAUCUAGAGAAAGCGGUCUUGCAAUUUAUAAUUUAACUUCUUCUGAGUCAUCAUCACUACAACGUUUAGAAGAUAAAAAAGAUGAUGAUGCAAAAAAUAUGACUUCUACUACAACAACAAUGGAACUAUCACCUAUAAUUUAUUUACGUAAAAUCCACGGAAAACAAGCUGUUACAUCAAUCGCAAUAAAGAUGGAAAAAGAUGGCUCUUAUAAUAAAUAUAGGUUAAGGGGCUUGGAUAUGUUUGGGAUUAAAUCUGAAAAUAUAAAUAGUCUUGAUGGAAAAGACAAUAGCGAAUAUGGGAUACCAAAGAAAAAAAGAAUCGGAAAUGGUGAAUUAUUAGUAAAGGAUAAUAAAUUGAUUAUAGAACAGGUAUAUAAGGCAAAAAUCACCAAAGGUUGGUUAGAAAAGGUUGUAUUUAUAGAUAAUGAAUUAUUCUUAUUAGGAUUUUACCGUAAAAGAUUCUUCGUCUAUAAUGAAUUUAAAAAAUUUGAGAUAUUUUCAGUAGCGUGUGGAGGAGCCCAUAGAAUAUGGCAUUUCAAAGCUAACGACAAAAAAAUGAAUAAAGCAAGUUUUAUGUUUAUAAGAAAAGAAAAUGUUUUUAUCUAUUCAAGAGAAAGAUUAACAACCAAUGAAGGAUUUAAUGAGUGUAAAUUACAAGAAGAUUUCCAUGGUAGAGAAUGUAGAAUUGUCAAAUUUUUACCAUCUCCUAUUAAAACGAAUUUUAUAAAAAACCAGGAAAUUUAUAAUGAUCCUAUAAUUUUUGCUACAGGAGCAGAAGACAGUUUAUUACGUUUAUAUCAAUACAUUCCAAAUGAAAAGGAUAAUAGAUUAAUAUGUUUAUGCAGCAUUAAGAAACAUAAAUCAGUUAUUCGAAGUUUAGAAUGGUCAUACGGUAACGAAAUUUUAUUAUUUUCUAGUGGUGCAAAUGAAGAAUUGAGAUGUUGGAAAGUGGAAAUAAGUCUUGCUAAAGUCCAAUUGACAAAUAAUCAAUGUAAAAUGCCCUUGGUAAAUAUUAAUUGCUUAGAAUGGUCAAGUUGCCCUAGUGUUAGUCAAAUUCCAGAGACAAGAAUAAUGGAUACAACUGUUUAUUCAAUCGCUCCAAACCAAGGUUUACAUUUGAUAAUAGUUGUAUAUUCAGAUUCUGUAUUAAGAAAAUUCACUCUAAUUGGUGAAGCAAACUUUCACUUUAAAUGCAGUAAUGAUUUGAUUAUCGUGAUUACUUCAGCAACUGAUGGAAGGAUUGCUAUUUGGGAAUUUUCCAAAAAGAUUUACAGUAAGAAUAAUAGUAAAACAACUUUUACUAAAACCACAAAAUCAAACCCUACAACAAAAUAUUCAAAAGAUAACGAUUUUCAAAAUAUUGAAGAUUUGGGUAAACCUAAUUAUUAUUACCAGGCUCAUCAAUCUGGAGUGAAUUGUUUUGAUUUUCAUCAAUUAUCAUCUUCAUCUUCAUCUCUAAAAAAUGACCAAAUUAUUCGAUAUAUGAUAGUUAGUGGUGGUGAUGAUAAUUCUAUUAUGGUUAAUCUGAAAUUUGACAAAGCACAUGCAUCAUCCAUUCAAGGUAUUUACAUUAUGAGCAAUACAAAAAUCCUUAGCACUUCUUUGGAUCAAAGGAGUGAAAAUUUUAUUUCUAUUGUUGGAAUUGGCUUGGAAAUUUUUAAAAUAAGAAAAUAA